CCCCCUCCCUCCUCCUCUUAGUCUCCUCCAUUGUUGAGCAAUAGUCCAUCUAAUCGAAACGGUUGUAACCGAAACUCUCUGUUCAGUAAAGCGCUUCUAACUUUUUCAAACGCUCGCUAUCGUUUUCAAAAAGCGGUCCAGAGGAAAGGACUCUAGUUUUCGGGAGGAGAGCGCAGCAGAACUCUUUGAGAACCAAACAAGAUGACUAGCAUCAACACACCCAACAUCAACUUCAAAUGGGACCCAAAGAGCCUGGAGAUCCGUACUCUGGCAGUGGAGCGCCUACUGGAGCCCCUUGUUACCCAGGUCACCACGUUGGUAAACUCCAGCAAUAAAGGACCAUCUAACAAGAAGAAGGGGCGCUCUAAGAAGGCUCACGUUUUGGCUGCCUCAGUCGAGAACGCCACUCAGAACUUCCUUGAGAAGGGAGAAAAGAUCGCAAAGGAAAGUCAGUUCCUUAAGGAUGAACUCACCGCUGCAGUGGAGGAUGUCCGCAAGCAAGGUGAAUCAAUGCGACUGGCCUCUGGAGAAUUUGCAGAAGACCCCUGUUCCUCUGUGAAGAGAGGCAAUAUGGUGCGAGCAGCCCGGGCUCUUCUGUCCGCCGUCACACAUUUGUUGGUUCUGGCAGACAUGUCUGAUGUCUAUAAACUCCUGGUGCAACUUAAACUGGUGGAGGACAAUCUGCUGAAGGUGCGAAAUGCUGGAACAGAGCAAGAGUUAGGAAUCCAGUAUAAGGCCUUGAAACCAGAGGUGGACAAGCUGAACAUGAUGGCUGCCAAGAGACAGCAGGAGCUAAAAGACGUCCAUCAUAAGGACCAAAUGGCUGCAGCACGGGGGGUGCUGCAAAGGAACGUCCCUAUGCUGUACACGGCAUCCUGUGCCUGCCUGCAGCACCCUGACGUGGCAGCCUACAAGGCUAACCGUGACCUGAUCUACAAGCAGCUGCAGCACGCCGUUUCUGGAAUCUCCAACGCCGCCCAGGCCACCGCCACCGAAGAGUCAGCCCUGAAUCAGCCAGGAGGGGCAGGAGAGCUCGCCUACGCCCUCAACAAUUUUGAUAAACAAAUCAUUUUGGAUCCCGUGGGCUUUAGCGAGGAACGCUUUCGUCCAUCGCUGGAAGAGCGCCUUGAGAGCAUCAUCAGCGGAGCUGCUCUCAUGGCUGACUCUUCAUGCACACGUGACGACCGCAGGGAACGCAUUGUGGCCGAAUGCAAUUCAGUGCGCCAGGCUCUGCAGGACCUCCUCUCUGAGUAUAUGGGAAAUGCAGGAAGAAAAGACAAGAGCGAUGCUCUGAACACGGCCAUCGACAGGAUGACAAAGAAGACCAGAGAUCUCCGCAGACAGCUGCGUAAAGCCGUGAUGGACCAUGUCUCAGACUCUUUCCUGGAAACUAAUGUUCCCCUCCUGGUCCUCAUUGAAGCUGCCAAGAAUGGUAACGAGAAGGAAGUGAAAGAAUAUGCCCAGGUGUUUCGUGAGCACGCCAACAAGUUGAUUGAGGUGGCCAACCUGGCAUGCUCCAUUUCCAACAAUGAAGAGGGAGUGAAGCUGGUCCGCAUGGCAGCCUCUCAACUGGAAACUCUAUGCCCCCAGGUGAUUAAUGCUGCACUGGCCCUCGCUGCCAAACCCAACAGUAAGGUGGCCCAAGACAAUAUGGACGUGUUCAAGGAUCAGUGGGAAAAGCAGGUUCGCGUCCUCACUGAUGCUGUUGAUGACAUAACAUCGAUUGAUGACUUCCUGUCUGUAUCUGAGAACCACAUCCUGGAGGAUGUGAAUAAGUGCGUCAUUGCCCUUCAAGAAAAGGAUGUCGACGGUUUGGACCGAACCGCUGGGGCCAUCCGAGGCCGGGCUGCCAGAGUUGUCCAUGUCGUCACUUCUGAGAUGGACAAUUAUGAACCUGGAGUCUACACUGAGAAGGUUCUGGAAGCUACAAAGCUCCUCACCAACUCAGUCAUGCCACGCUUCACAGAACAGGUGGAGUCUGCAGUGGAGGCCCUGAGUGCAAACCCCUCACAACCUGUGGAUGAGAACGAGUUCAUCGAUGCAUCCCGCCUGGUCUACGACGGCAUCCGCGACAUACGCAAGGCUGUCCUUAUGAUCCGGACUCCAGAGGAAUUGGACGACUCCGACUUUGAGACGGAAGAUUUUGAUGCUCGUAGCAAGACCAGCGUGCAGACGGAGGAUGACCAACUCAUCGCCGGCCAAAGUGCUCGAGCCAUCAUGGCGCAGUUGCCUCAGGAGCAGAAGGCUAAGAUUGCAGAGCAGGUGGCCAGCUUCCAGGAGGAGAAGAGCAAGCUGGAUGCUGAGGUAUCCAAAUGGGAUGACAGCGGCAAUGACAUCAUUGUGCUGGCUAAGCAGAUGUGCAUGAUCAUGAUGGAGAUGACGGACUUCACCAGGGGAAAGGGGCCACUGAAAAAUACUUCUGAUGUCAUCAGCGCUGCCAAGAAAAUUGCCGAAGCGGGAUCCAGAAUGGACAAACUGGGCCGCACCAUCGCUGACCUUUGUCCCGACUCUUCCUGCAAGCAGGAUCUGCUGGCCUACCUGCAGCGCAUUGCCUUGUACUGCCACCAGCUCAACAUCUGCAGCAAAGUCAAGGCUGAGGUUCAGAACCUGGGAGGAGAGCUGGUUGUCUCUGGGUUGGACAGCGCCAUGUCCCUCAUCCAGGCAGCUAAGAACCUGAUGAACGCCGUGGUGUCCACUGUCAAAGCCUCCUACGUCGCCUCCACCAAGUACCAAAAGAACAAAAACAUGGAGGCCCUCAACAUGCCAGCGGUCUCCUGGAGAAUGAAAGCUCCCGAGAAGAAGCCGCUGGUGAAGAGAGAGAAGCAGGAUGACGGGCAGACCAACCGAGUCAAGAGAUCCUCUCACAAGAAGCACGUCAACCCUGUGCAGGCUCUGAGCGAGUUCAAAGCCAUGGAUAGCAUCUAGAACCCCCCUCCCCUCCCCAGGAGGACAAGCGUUUGUAACCCAACAGUUUAGAUAGAUGGAGCCUUUUAUUGAGUCAACUUGAACAGCUGUCAUUUGGUUGUUCAGCUUCUCCGUCGACCCGUUUUAUUCCUCCACUGCCUAUUAUUCAGAUGUGCUUUAAUCUGCUGCAUUAACUGUGUCUUUGGUAGAAAGUGCAGUUAGAGAUGAAACAAACUGGACAGGAUAUUGUUUUUUUGUUUUGUUUUUUUCAUGUAACUGAGAAGAAAGUGGAUACAGGGAGUAAUUCAAGGUGUUUAUGACCAUGUUUUCUGUUUUUCAAACCCAUUUUUAAGUAAAAGUAUUCUGUUUUUGACAGACUGCAAAUAUCAACUAUGCAAAAUGUGCUUUUUAUUUUAAGUAGUAACUGUUAAUCUGGAGUUAUUAGUAAGAUAUUUCUUUCAUAAUUCACUAUCUUUAGUCAAACUAACCCUUUGAAUAUGAGAAUAUUGUUCUGAAGCCACUUUAAGACUUUAAACUCAUCAGUUGUCUCACUGCAUUAACAUUUGAGCGGUUUAAUUUUGUCUCUAAAUCUGUCGUUCCUCCCGUUUUAACCAUGACUGCUACAUGUAGCUGAAACCUCUCAUCCAGUCACUCUAGUACCUUUUCUUAAAGAUUUCCAAAUUCCUUUCAGUCAUGAGGAGCCCAGAGGACGACAGAAAGGGCCGAUUGUGCGUCAGUACUUUGUGAAACUUUCGUUUACUUCAGUAAGACCAAACCUCUCCACAUUCUGAAUGCGUUCAAUAUAAGGGGAUCAAUUUUUUCAGUGUAGGGCUUGCCUUUAAACUUUGUAUUUCUUGUCCUUGAACACUAAGAUUUUAUAGCAGAAUCUUUAUGAAACAAACUUUUUUUUUUCUCAAAAGAUAGAGCUUUAAAAAAAAAAAAAAAAACGCUUUUUUUUUUUUUUAUUUGUGAUCUAUGUUUUUGUUGUAUUUUUUAUUUUUUUUCAAACUGAAGCUGUGGGAUGGAGCUGUAAGGUUUGCAGGGUCAUGCAGGUCUCUGCUUUAAAGCAAUACGCUGGUCCACAGCAAACGCUUUGAGAUCCUGCUGCUGGUCUCCUUCAGACGAGCCUUUGCUUUGCUGAUAACACCUGAACUCCAGCAGGAGUGAUGCGAGGUUAUUGGACGGGUUUUCUUUCAAAAGGAAAUGUCAGUGGAUUGUUUCCCCAGCUUUUGCUCUGUUCGGUUCAAACCCCGAAUGAAAUAAAACUUUGCUGUGGA